AUGCAUUGUUGCGCAUCAUGCUGCUGCAUCUUCUCUCGAAACCAAGCGCUGCUUGAGCUUUGUGAGAUGCAAGACAUGCUGCUGGCAACAAGCCCGGUCACGCCCAAGUUGAAGCAUGUGCUGACGCCUGGGCACAUCCGUGCAAGGACCUCGCCCAGUGCGGAAUGGGAGAAGCCUCAUCUGAGAUUAGUUGCCCUUGGCCUGGGCAGUGCCCUCGUCACCAGAAAAGCAGUGCUUCCAAGCUGCAGUGCAAGCAGCGCAAACCGCCAGGCCAGGAGGGCCGGCAGGGCCGGGAGGGCCGGGAGGGCGGCCACCCGGGUGGCGCUGAAGGCCGCUGAAGGGGAGGCGGAGGACCCACUCCUCGCGGAGGCCAAGGCAGCGGCGGAGGCCGCGAAGCUCCAGCUUGAGGCUGCGAAACUGCGGGCCGAAGCCGACGAGAUGCGCCAGGCCACGGCCGUGGCGCAGCGCAAGGCGCGGGCCGUACGGCUCCUGGGCAGCGAGGACGUCCCGGGCAUCGGGUUGCCAGAGUUGAUGGCGCGGCUUCAGGAAACGGAGGGUGUGAGCUUGACCGGUGAGCAGGCCUUGGGCCUGGCUGCGGCUCUGGGCUUCUCAGAGGAGCCCUACUUCUUUCGCUUCGAGGAGCUGAACUCCGAGACCUUCGACACGAAGCUCAAAGAAAUAGAGGCGGCAAGAAAGGCCCAGCAGGCGGAAGAGGCCGCGAAGCGCCGAACGGAAGAAGCCGCGAGGGCGCAGGCGCAGGCGGCGCAGGCCCAGAGCCAGGCCGCAGGCUCCACGUCGGCUUCGGCUCCUUCGGAGGUCAACGACGAUCGCAGUCUUGGCCCGAGGCUGCUGGGGUCCUUGGCCUACAUUCUGCCGGUCACGGAGGCCUUCAAGCUGAUGUUGCCCCUGAUUCAGGUCUUCCCUCCACUGGGAAUUGUCUUCGGCCCCAUCACCUUGCUGACGGUGUUGCUGAACUUUGCUCCCUUCGUCCCCUUGCUCCUCUUCGUGCUCUUCAUUGUCCUUGCACAGUCCAAGGACAAUGUCCCCAGGUUCCUGCGCUUCAACCUCGAGCAGGCCGUGCUGCUAGACAUGGCGCUGACAAUUCCCAGCUUCAUCCUCUCAACCAUGCAGUUUUCCGGCGCUGUCGAGGCGGUUCUCGUGGGUGGCGCCUUUGUCUUCGCGUUGGUUUUUGGCAUCUCCGUGUAUGCGGUGCUUUGCAACCUAGAUGGAAAAGAUCCGGAUGGAGUUCCCCUUAUUUCCAACAUCACGAAGAACGUCGUGGACCGACAAACCUUUUUCGACGAGUCACCCAAUGAGGCCGCCGCGGCCAGCUCGGCCAGUGCCGGUUCGGCGCAAGGUGCAGAGGCGACUCGUCUCGCCGUUUGCACCGUGGAGGACAGGCGAGCCACGGGAGUUUUUCUGGAAGAGUGGUUCGUGGAGCCGACAGGGGACUUCGAGAACUGGAGGUCACGAGGUCCCGAUGCGGUGAGUGUCAGGUGCAGAGCGGCGGAAACUAGGGCUGAGGAUAUCACCUGCCUGGAAUGUGUCAGCCACGUGUCGGACCUCCCUUUCACGUCGCAUCCAAGGGAUGCGCUUCUGCCAAGCGAGCGGCGCAGGCAAGCCACACUCGAUGCUCUAGCAUCGGUGAUGCAGGCCAGGCUGGUUUCUCCUUGGAGGGAUGGGAGCAUGGAGCUCUGCCGACGCGCGGCUGCGGGUGAGAACGCCUUCUGCAAGUCUGCCGCCGUGAUGGUACCUGCUUGA